AUGGACAGAGUUUCCACCUUUUCCUUGCUAGCCUCCAUUAGAGAAGUCUAUCGGAAAAAUAGAACUCCAACAUCAUCAAAAUACAGCAGCACCUCGAUCAUUGCAGUACCCGAAGAAAUUAUCGAAAUAAUACCUCAUCCACAAGCCGAGUUCUACAUACAAAAGAUCAUAUCCAUUUACACACUUCUAUCCCAACUCACUGAUCUCAGUCCCUCCCCAGUAACCAAUGUUUUGUUUUCAGAACUAGUGGGAACAUGUAUUACUAUCGUUCCUGAGUCGAUUUCAAAAGUGGUGCUCAGCGAUCCACGCGUUUCUAGCAUUUUACCAGCGCUUCGGGAAAUUUGCUCGACUGCUGAAGCAUCCCACCGCGUUCUCUCCACCUUUCCCUACGAUAAAAAUUACGAACAACUAACCCGUUUUGAACUCGCCGCUAUCUCUUCCACUGGCUUUACACUAUCCCCAUCCACCAAAGUGGCAUUUAUCGGUUCAGGUCCCAUGCCUCUAACAAGUCUCUGUAUCUUAUCCUCCCUUUCGAGCUCUAAUCACAUGUCGUGCAGUCUCUCGCCAGAUUCUUCUAUCCCAACCCUUACACCCCCACAAUCACCCAUGGCUACUCCAACUUCUACCGUCGUUGUAAAUAUUGAUAGUAAUUCUACCGCCAAUGAGCAAGCUCAAAAUCUAUGCACUUCUCUCGGUGGGCUUCCGGCUACGGGGAUGAAAUUUAUUACCGCAAUGGCUGGAGAAGAUACUCUUGAUCUCACAGGUUAUGAUAUUGUUUGGUUAGCAGCAUUGGUAGGAGGUGUCCAGGAGGAUAAAGAGAUUAUUCUGAAGAAUAUUGUGGCGAAGAUGAAGAAGGGGAGUCUGUUGAUUAUGAGGGGUGCUUGGGGUUUGAGGAGUGUGCUUUAUUGUGACUUCGAUGUAACGACCCCGGCUAUUACCACAUGUCUAGAAAUCUGUGUACGCAUGGACCCAUUCGGAGAAGUAGUCAAUAGUGUUAUUGUCGGGAGGGUAAGAUGA